UGUGUGUGGGUGUGGGUGUGUGUUUGUGUGUUACUGUGUGUCUUUUUGUAUGAGAAAAUGUGUGUGUGUGUGUGUGUGUGUGUAGGUGUGGUCUGCGUGUGUGAACAGGGUGAGGCUUGACAGCGGACUAAAAAACUGUCGCACAGCAUCAUAUUGCAGUUUGCAGCUCUCAGGUGAUCUCAGGACAAGAUGUUUGGAAACACGGGAAAUGGCAUGUGGCCCUCAGGAGGAUCAGGUCAACCAAAUCACCCCACCUGGCCACAAGGAGGAACGUCAAACCCUGGAUCCGGACCAUGGGGCAACCCUGCAUCUGGAGGAGGGUCUAACCCUGGAUCCAGGACCAUGGACCAACCCUGCAUCUGGAGGAGGGUCUAACCCUGGUCCAGGAGGAUGGACCAACCCUGCAUCUGGAGGUGGAUCCAACCCUGGUCCAGGAGUAUGGCCAAAUCUUCCACAAGAUGGAGGGUCCAACUCUGGACCAGGAUGGUCAAACCCCCCACGUGGCGGAGGGUCCUACCCUUCACCUGGAGGCUGGUCAGGUGGACCAACUGCUCCAUCUGGACCUCGAAAGGACAUGCGGGUUCCCUACACAGACAAUCUGAUUAAUGGAGUUUAUGACAAACUGCUCAUCACCAUCACUGGAACCAUCAAACCCAACCCGCAGAAAUUCACUGUGGAUCUGUGCAAAGGCCGCGACAUUGCCCUUCACUUCAACCCUCGAUUCAAUGAGAAUGGCCGUCAGGUGAUUGUCAGGAACACCUUUAAUGGAGGAAGAUGGGGCCAAGAGGAGCGAGAGCUGCAACGCUUUCCCUUUGUUGGUGGUCAACAGUUUGAGAUGAAGAUCCUGUGCACCUCCAGUGAGUAUAAAGUGGCUGUCAAUGGCUCCCACCUGUUGUCGUACAGACACCGGAUCACUGACCUGAGAUCCAUCACCGGCCUUGGGAUCUACUAUGACCUCAACCUGACCGAUGUCAAAAUGGAGACCCUACACUGAGAGACAGUCCUAAUCACUUAGAAAUUUCCUGAGAAUCAAUAUAGACCUGCUGAGGAUCUCCCAAAUGUUAAAAAAAAAGUAUGCAUUCAUAAAGAUAAAUGUUUUUCUUUUUUUUUGUUCACUAAAAACCUAGUUUAGAUCUCUUACAUAUCUACUGAAUGCUGAGCAGAGAUCCUCUCAAAAUUUCUGAGAGGUCUGUUACGGAUUUGCUAAGAAAUCUGUUGUAGAUACUCUUCUGGAGAUGUACUCUAUAUUAACAAGUUAAAGUAAGGUCUAAUUAUUAUUUGCAUUAUAGAUCUACCAUAGAUCCAUUAGGGACUGGAGAGUCUUUACAGGUUUUCUGGAAAUCUACUUUAGAUUCACAAGAGAAUUACAGUACAUUCAUCAGAGUUCUUAUGGAAAGCCAGUUGAGUUCUAUAGUAGACCUUUGGUAGAUCAACACAUUAAUUGGAGAGCCAACAAAGAGCUGCUGUUGCAGAUGUAGUUUAUAUCUAUGAGAUCUACUAUAGAGAUUUGCUGAGUGUGCACCAUGCUACUUUAGCUACUGGAACCCCAUUGGGGUCAUUGAUUUGAGAUUUGUUACAGCUCUAUAGUAGAUCACUGGAUCCAACAGAAAUCUGUUAGAGAGCUAGUGGAGAUCUAUAGUAGGCUUUUAGCAUAAUUAUCACUUGGGAUGUACAGAUGAUCAACAUAGAUCUUUGGGUAUUUGCUAGAAAUCUAAAGUACAUUUAUAAAAGUCUGUUGAAGGUCCUUUGAAGGUAAAAUGUACACCACUAUGAGCCAAUUCUAAAUUCUCCUUGAAAUAUAUUGUACUGUAUAUUGUUCUACAGAUGAAACACUUACCCAUUUGAGGACCCAUCAGAGAUCCAUCUGAGGUGUACUGAUAAAGAAAUGAGUUGAGAAUCUGCUAUAGAUUAUACUGAAAAUCCACAUGGAUAUGUCACAAAAUCUCCAGCAAAUUGACAGUUCUACACUCUGUAGCUCUUGAUAUAAUAGAAAUUAAAGAUAUACAGAACAGCGUUGGUUGAUCCUCUGUAACUGGACACCCUGCUAUGGAUGAAGAUGAAGUCAUCUGAUCAUAAUUGCUUGUGACUCCAAACACCUUCUUGUGCUCAGUUUUACCACAGAUUUAAUGACGGGGUACUCAAAGAAUAAAAAAUGUAUUUCCCUGAUUGAUUGUGUUUCUAUGGGAUUAAACUGCCUUCUGGCUACCAUAAGCAACA